AUGAGAUUGCCUGAAGACGCCCCAGACGGUAUAAACCGGUUGAAGGCCUACUUGAUGCAAUUCAUCAUGGGAUUGCUUAAAGAAGCUCCAGAAGUCCUAGCUAAUGUUAGCACUACUCAAUAUCUAAGAGACCCAGAUGAAUUAGUCUCUAGGAAUUCCACUUUCAAAUUUGGGUUUUUCAGCCCUGCUGAUUCGACUAAUCGCUAUGCUGGUAUAUGGUACAAUAAAAAUGAUUCUGAUGUACUCGAAGUCAUUUGGAUAGCCAACAGAGACAGACCACUUAAUAACUCUUCUGGGGUGAUCAGUAUAUCCGAGGAAGGUGAUCUUCAACUCUUGAAUGGACAAAACAACACUUUUUGGUCAACAAAGAUAGCAGCUAAUCAUGAGGUAAAUAAUUCAGUUGCUCAGCUUUUGGAUACUGGAAACCUUGUUUUACUUUCAAAUGUCAGCGGGGAUGUCAUCUGGCAGAGUUUUGACUAUCCUACAGACAACUUGAUGCUGCGAAUGCAAAUAAUUGUUGACGAGGAUACAAAUACAUCACGGCGGCUUAAUUCUUGGAAGAGUGCUACAAAUCCAUCCACUGGACGCUUUAAUGCUGGCAUUAAUCCUCGCUUACUUUCUGAAAUUUUCGUUUGGGAUGGUGACCGUCCUUAUUGGCGAUCUGGACCUUGGAAUGGUCAUGUAUUUAUUGGAGUACCAAGUAUGUAUUAUUUUGCUCUGAUUGAUGGAUUUCGUCUUGAUGAUAACUAUGAAGAAGGCACACUUGGCCUAUCAUUUUCGACGUCUAGCCAAAGAGUUACAGAACACUAUGUUCUGACUUAUGAUGGAGUAGUGCUACAAAAAGAAUGGGAUGAAGAUACAAAGAAUUGGACAACCAUAUGGAAAUCUAUAGAAACUGAAUGUGAUGUUUAUGGUAAGUGUGGGGAAUUCGGGACUUGUAACUCAAAUAAUUCGCGUAUAUGUGGUUGCUUGAAGGGCUUUGAACCAAGAAAUAACCAAGAAUGGAGCAAAGGGAAUUGGACAAGCGGUUGUGUUCGGAGAACAUCUUUGGAGUGUGGGGCUAUAGGAUCUGAAGAAAAUGGGUUUUUGAGGUUAAGGAACAUGAAGGUGCCAUAUAAUGCUAGGCUAGGCUACGCAUGUGAAGUGCUAGGCUAG